AUGUCUGCACAAUCAAGUAGCUAUCCUGCUGGAUGGCUGGAGGUUGAUCAUGGCAGUCGGGUCAUGGCGGCUGUAAGCUUUAUCCUGGUCUUCACCACGAUCCUGCUAGCCUUGAGGCUGUAUGCACGCAGCCUGACCUCUGCUUCUCGUGGAUGGGACGAGUUCCUCCUCGUCCCCUCCUACCUUUGUCUCUUGGGCCUCCUCGUAUGCCUUUACCUCGACGUGAUCAAAGGAGGGCUCGGUCGACAUGGCGCCGCCGUCGAACAGGAAGAUCCGCAGAAGCUCAUGACCUUCCUCGAGCUCCUCUACGUGCUGGACUGGUUCUACGUGCCCUCCAACGCCAUGUCGCGCAUCUCGGUCGUCGCGCUUUACCUCCGAUUCUUUACGCAACCCCUGUACCGGGCCGCCUGCUGGGGGGUGAUCGCGUUUCUGCUGGGAAACAUGAUCGCGACGAUCAUCGCCGCGCAGGUUGAAUGUUUCCCGCUGCAAUUCACCUGGGACAAGACCAUCCGCGGCGGCCACUGCUUCAACCUGAUCCUCUGGUACAAACUGACCAAUCUCCCCACCGUCAUCAGCGAUGUGAUGGUGAUGGCCUUACCAGUCCCCACAGUCUGGGGCUUGCAGGCGUCCUUCAGCUGUAAAGCCGGGAUUGCAACCGUCUUCCUAACAGGGAGUAUGUACGUGAAGCGCCCCCCUUCCUUACGAAAAGACCUUCCUGACUAAUACUCCACUCUUUCUCCGUUCUACUCCGUCAGUGGCGGCGGCGGCGGGAGCAUAUCCGUCGGGUCGUUGUCCCGAGCCCCAAUCCUCCUCCAAUACCAAUCCCGCGGCGGACCCCGUUGUUCUCGUCGUCCGUAUGCAUCGCUUUCCACGCCCGGAGAUUUAGCGGCGUCGCGGGACGAAUUGCAGGAUUCGGGCGAGAGGACGAGCGUGCUCACCACCGUCGUCAAGGUGGACUCCACCCCGUCCGAGUCUGAGUUGGCUGACCGGCUGGCCGAGCGGGAGCCCGGCGACAUCCGGGUCCAGACGCGGUUUGAGGUGCUGAGCGAGCCGAACUUCUAGGGCUCGUGGGCUUUAUGCUUGAUAUUGGCGCUGUGGGGUUUCUUAGUGUGCAGUACAUA